AUGUCAAGGCCACGCCGGAACUUCAGCUUUUCGUUCGUCGGUCCCAAGACGCUGGACGAUGUAAUCAAAAAGGAGCUGGUGACAGAGAAAUCGGGUGCCGAAGUCGCCGAUAUUUGGUAUUCCUAUCACGAAAAUAAGCCAAGCAGGAAAGUCGGUUUUGUCGAGAGCGCAGAAAUGGUAAGACUGUCAGAUUCAUCAGGUGUUGACUUUUUGCUGUAUGGCGGCUAUCGUUGGUGGCGUCUCACUUCUGAUCGAUACGCACCGAUAGUCCAUUCUUCGUGCAGCCUGUAUUCCGAGACGACGUUUCAGAGUCCGGGCCACUUUCUCAUGGCCUAUUUAGAGGACUACAAAAUGGAUCCGCAGAGUGCAACCCCGUUGUUAACGUUUUCGGUGUUUGACGAUUUGGCAGACAACAAAGACGUGGUACUAGUCCGCGCCGAUAUUCUCAAUAAGAGUAUACAAGAUGACGAAGGUCGGAAAGUGGUCCGUAGCGUUUUAGACAAUUACCGGGACGAAGAGCACUUUGUUGUCGUCAAGACCUUCAACGAACGACCCGACGCGUUUGAUAUCGACGACUAUAUCUCCCGAAUGAAUAUUCGUUGGCAACAGGAUCCUCCGAAUACGGCGCGGUGGUCGGAGGAUCCCAGUGGUGCGGCUGGAUCGUCAAACAUGAACGAUAAGGAAGCUCGGGUUGUCUUUUUUUUCUUAAAAAGAGAAGAGCGAAUAUGCUUGCAAAUUGAAAUAGUCUCAUCCCCACGACAAUCGACAAACAGCGCGACUCCUUCGCGGACAACUACAACUCCCGUCCUUCCUGUGGACUGUUCUGAAGGUGCUGACGUCUCUGCGGAAACUAGUUUGGAAGAGUUCUGUAUCGUGAUGGAAGACUUUUUGAAGUUUCAGUCAUGGGGGGAACCGUUGAUCGGUUCCGCCGAUGCCGGUCUGGGGCAACCCAUUCGACCGACGAAGAAUGGAUUGCAGUGGCUCGCGGUUCCGUCCAUGUGCGUCAACACGGCCUACCGUGUAACCAGAGGGUCACUCCAGCGGCUAUCUGUGACCGAUGCCGCAAGUAUUACCGUAGAUGCACAAAUAUCGUUACCGACGGGAGCCAUCCGAAUUGCAACUUCGCCAGAUGGACGUUUGGUUGCCGUGGCCUUGAUGGACGGUUCAUUGGCGUUCUACGACUCAACCAAGAAGGCGUUGAAUUUGAGACGGCACCUCUCAGAUGUGCACUCACAUUUCGUGUCCAGUACUGACGAGGUGCCCUCGUUGUCUCGAGACAGUGCGGCGGGAGCGUCCGGCCCCGUGCGCUCUCUCGCGUUCGGUUCGGACCCGAACGUCGACGGAUAUGCACUCUUGCUCGUGGACGACAGUCAACAAGGGUGUAUCAUUUACCAUAUAGACGAUGAAUCCAAGCCGACCGACAUGGUGCCACACCAACUCGAUCGUGGGGGUUUCUCCAGUGCCUGUUGGCGGUCCGGUGGGGCGGCUUCGGCAUCGCCGAGUGGCAUGGGAGCGCUCGCGCUCGGUACGACCGACGGAGUCGUGCACGUCUACUCGUAUACGAAUGACGGUAAUACAACGCCAUCGUCGUCAUUGUCAUCCCAGCUGAUCCAUCGGGGUAUUAUUUCCUUCCCAGGUGAUGGGGAUGGAUGGAGUUGCACGCACCUGGAUUGGUACGACGACGCGCUGGUGGCUGGAUACGGUCGCGUUAUUCCCGACGAAGGCGACGUCACGGACGUAGAAAAUGAAGACGAUGCCGCCGAUCACGAAGCCCUCUUGUUCGUUUUUGUCCUUGACGACUCUUUUCACGUUUCGACUACAUCGGACCUCGGGGAUGUAGUCCCGUUCUUUUCCGUUCCGAAACAAGGGCGCCACGUGUUCUUGACCACCUUUGCUCCAUCGGCUACCCACGCACCUUUACUGCUGGUAGCGAGCAAUGUAGCAACAGAUGUGGGAGUUGUCAGGCGGACGGAAGAAAAUACUUGGGAUUUGACCGAUGUCCCCGAAGGGGAUAAUGUCAUGACACCGACGAAUGACGACGAUGAGUUUACGUAUCCUAUUGGCCUUUGCGUAAUUCGUGUGGCACAGGAAAGUCAGACCGUCCCAAUUGUGCUGCUAGCUGCCACAGAUGGGUCCAUCGGUUGUUGGGAACUCCUACACCAAAGCCAAGAUGACUUUUUUCGACUUGAGCCGCAACUACCAUCCAUACUCCCUGACGACGCUGUGCCGCCGAAAGUUCAGAGAUCGACGACUACGUCACCAUCUACCAUUGUUGGUGGCAGCAAAACGUCAUUAUUUACCGAGGAAAACCCAUUAUCAUCCGCAAAUUUGACUCAGAUGCCCAUGGCGACAGGUGGCAAGGAUGAUAGAUUCUCUUUCGGAGCGGUGAAUGAUUCAGGGGGAGCUUCUUUUUUUGUAGAUGGUAUUACCAAUCCAGAAGUUGGUAGCCGACUUCCACCUACUAGAAACUUGUCUGGCGCUGUAUCUGAGCAGAAGGAGGUAACUAAGAUUAGCACGUCCGUUGAAAGGCCACCGGCGCUGGGUGAGACAACUCCUCAUGUCAUGGUACAAAGCGAUUACCAGCAACCUGCCGAUACGUUUAAAAGAACAGCUUCCAGUCCUGUAGACUCGCCCGGAUUUGGCGGAGUGACAACACUCAAAACAUCGGAUGGGAAAAUGACAGCUGUGGAUGGUGAAGCCAUAGUUUUUGGCUCCGGAUCGGCUCCUGCUUUUGGUUCAGGGUCGUCCUUUUCGUUUGGAACUUUGGCUCACAGUUCGAGUUCUGCUGCCUUUAGUUCCAGCCCAAUGAACAAUAGUCAGUCUGCUUUUGAGAACAUUUUUGGGCCCAAGCCUACUUUUUCUUCCACGGCAACAAAUAUGGCCAAACCGCUUUUCGGUUUAACCAAAAGUAUGGAAGGGAAGAAGACAGAAGAGCCAGAGUCACCUGCUUUGAUUGCAAAGCCUUCAGAAGAUGAUGAGGAACUAGGUAUCCAAGGCCCUUUGGCCCAGAAAGCUGGUCACGUGUUUGACGAGAUUGACGACGGCCGAAAAGGCUACGUUGCUGCUUCAAAUAUAGAAGACCUUCUGGAUCGGCUCGGCGAAGGGUUUCAUGGGAGCGAACUAGACUUGCAGGUGUCCCUGAUCGACCCUAGCGGUACCGGUCAAUUACAGCGCUCGGCGUUCGUUCAAUGGUACGUCAACCACGUCGAUGGUGGAAUUCGGGACGUCAGUGACUCACGUUCACUCGACUCGGAUGACCGGGCGGAGCGAGAAGAGGAGCGCGAACAUACGCGCAAGCGCUUUAUGGACAUGGCCGUCGAGGACCAGUUCGGAUACGCAGUGGACGCUUCCGAUUUUGGGAAGCUAAUGGAGUCCAUGGGCACGACAUACUGCGAAGAGGAGCACGUCGAGACAAUCAAGAAGCUCCAGAAGAAGCCUAGGAACAUGAUUUAUCUGGACGAUUUCUGCGACUGGUACGUUGCUUGGCUAUUCAAUGGUGACGAAGAUUCUGUCAGCGAGAAGGACGACCAGGAUAUAGCUAAGGGAAAAGAGGAUAAGGGCCUCUCCCCCUACGGCACUGCUGGAGGGUGGGGUGAUACGUUUAAGAAGCAGGGUGAUAGCGGAGGUUGGAAGUGCGACGUGUGUAUGGUACACAACGAGUCGUCCUUGACGAAGUGCGCUGCUUGCGAGACGCCACGCCCCGGUCACAGGGAUACAGAAUCCCUCGCGAUUCCCGAAUCCAAAUGUAGUGGUUCAAUCGGUCCGAGUGGGUUCACUUUUGGGGUUCCAGCUGCCAGUGCUAUAAGUAAAACAGAAGGGUCAGGCUUCAUCUUUGGUGAAGCUCCGUUGCCACCAUUGGCCGCCCCGGCCAGAAGUGACAUGGCUGGAUCCGCAGCAAGCGCAAGCAGUGGUUUCACAUUCGUUUCUCUCCACAUUACAGACCAAACGUUGUCUCGGGUCCAGCGGUCAACCUCUUCUUCGACCUCGAAUUCUGUUUCCCCCCUGUCAUCAACGACGCCUCAGAAGCCCUUCUCCGCAGCCCUGAAGACCAGCAGUGCUUUCCCAUCGAUGUCCAGUAGCGCCCCUACUCCGGCGUCAGCAUCAGUAAAUGCAUCGUCGUCAGCAGCGUUUCCUCCAAUGUCGUCGACGGCUCCGACGCCCUUCUCCGCACCCUCGAAGACCAGCAGUGCUUUCCCAUCGAUGUCCAGUAGCGCCCCUACUCCGGCGUCAGCAUCAGUAAAUGCAUCGUCGUCAGCAGCGUUUCCUCCAAUGUCGUCGACGGCUCCGACGCCCUUCUCCGCAACCCUGAAGACCAGCAGUGCUAUCCCACCGAUGUCCAGUGGCGCCCCUACUCCGGCGUCAGCAUCAGUAAAGGCAUCGUCGUCAGCAGCGUUUCCUCCAAUGUCGUCGACGGCUCCGACGCCCUUCUCCGCACCCACAAAGACGGCCACUUCAUCGGCUCCCGGAAUUUUCUUCCCAUCCACAACAUAUGUAUCUCCGUCGUCUUCAAUUCAGCCUCAAUCAAGAAUAGUUGCUGCCAAUCCGUUGCUCCGGGGAAACGGCGCAGAGACUCUAGACUUAUCCGACUGUUCUAGGCAGUUUCUGGAUAUCGCUCAGAAGAUGAAUAUAAACCUGGUGGACCUGUCGUCCCACUUACCGUCAAUGGCUCGGCAUUCCGUUGAAAUUUCUAUUUCAGACGUAGUAGCUGAUCUCCGGGAUUGCAUGGUGGCGCUUUUUGACAUACAGUUUUCGUUGUCUCACAUCAAGGACAAAAGUGCAACCUCUCUUUACAUGCGAGCCCAUACAACACGUUUGUUUUCCGAAAGUAGGCAGACCAUAGACAUGCUGUCUUCACAGAAUACGGAUUCUUUUGUUCUGAACCAACCACUUGAUAGCGAAUCAGAGAAACGACGGCGCGAGAUGGCAUCAACUGCUUACAAGUUCCAUGGCUACUUGGAAAGACUUGAAAAACAAACAGCACUAUUGGAGGAUUUUCGCGGUCCGAACGGACCUGGAAGGUUAAUUCACCAGCUUACAUCCCUUCUGAAUGAUACGAAAGCCUUCAGAGAUGAAGUUGUUCGAAUGGGAGGACGAGUUGAAGAGAUUUGGAAAGUCGGAAGAAGUAGAAAAUUGCGCAGUAGGGGUGUUUCCCCGGCGCGAGCCAGCGUUCAAGCCCGAACGAAGACAUCUUCCAGUUGUGCUUCCGUUCUCGAUCUUUGCAUAAGUGUCGACAAAUCGUUCCAGCGUUUAACUACCCCGUCUAUCACGGUAUUUAAGUUGAUGCAACCUUGCGAGCCUGCGCCUGUUGAGAAGGCAACCUUUCGUAGACAGUGGAAUAGUAAAUACGCGAUAGCUCAGUCAAUACCGUUGAGCAUUGGGAUGACAGACAUUGAACGUCGACGUCCCGCAAACGAAUCUCUUUUAUUUUCGCAACAAGCGCGAUAUGUACACCGUCGUGCAUGGGACGGAUCGUCAGUUGAUACAUCUCAAGCACAGAAGCUCUCGUUCUCUCCACCGAAGGAACUGACUAUGAGAAAUACGGUGGAUGCUGCCCAGAACUCUCUCGCUAAAUUUGGCACAACUAGGACAGCUGUAAAUGGAGCCCUCAGCAUUGCAGAGCGCGGCGUUGGAAAGCCAAUAGCUACUCAGUCCGUGAACACCCCCCACGAGAUCGCAUCUAUAAAGCCAGAAGCAGUUCUUUCCGCUGUUUCAGCAGCUCUCCCUCCGCUUUCAACAAAAGCACCAACAGCAUUCUCAGCUCAGGCAUCCCCGGAUUCUACGGAAAAUCAAAUGGCACCUCAGACUCGAUCUUUCGAUUCUUCCAACCGAAAUGAUCAAGGAGGGGCAGUCCCAAGAAUGGAUCUGGACAAAGCAUCCAGUUUGCCCGACUCGCUGGUGAAGACAGACAAUUCGAAGUCAAGGGAUAGUCCGGCUAUCUCUAGGAGUUACAGAGAAUUGUUGGAAGACUUUUAUGUGAAGUAUUGCCCGACAAAGCUCGGUGACAUCGAGAAGCUCUUGGAAAAAUACAAGGGCCGCGAAGCUGAAAUGUUUGCCAAGCUAUCUAAGAAGUAUAAUGUAGCAAAUCCGUUAGGUUCGACAGAUCCACCUAUAAGCGGCUCCUUCGGAGCAGCCGACAGGUCUUCCAAAAACCCUUUCACCCAGUCUGCUGCUCAAAAGGGCCCAUCUCUGUCCUCUGUCCAGAGGACAUCUGAUGCUUCGAGCCUGUCCCCCUUCAGAGCUAGUGUACCUGGAGUUUCAUCUCACCUUGGAGCAACAGGAAGCUCGCAAGAUAUUCUCAGUGCAUCGUCCGGAGCUUUUGGAACAUCGCACCCAAGUCCUGCAGGUUUUUCAAUGACUUCGAACGCCAACCACACGGUGUCUUCUGCAUUCGGAUCUUCAUCGACCGCUACAGCGAUGCACUCUGAAUUGGGUCCUGUGAUGGAUACUACAAAGUCACCAUUUGAUUCAGCUGGGACGCCUGCAUUCGGACAGCUGAUAUCCUCUCCUUCCACGACUCCAUUUGGCAUGUCAGCGCAGUCAUCUUCUGCAAUCUCUUUAAAGAGCGGUCAAUUGUUUACCGGCGGAAAUCCACGUGAAACACUGCUAGCCUUCUACAAUCAGCACAACCCUUCGAAAGUCGCUGAGGUAGACCGUUUACUGGCGAAAUAUCAGGGCAAGGAAGAUCAAAUGUUUCGCAAUCUGGCAAAAAAAUACAAUCUUGAUCCCUCUACGUUUGGUAUUUCGUCUGGACCAUCGGCGGCUUUAGCUUUCGGUAGCCCCACAAUAGGAGCUCCAACCAACUUUGGACAGCCAUCUGCGCUUGGUGGUGGGUCGCCUUUUGGUGCACCAGUUCCGGCACCUGGCCGGUUUGGAGGAGCCAUUUCUGGAGGUGGCUUUUCACAGUUUUCAUCACCAAGCUCAGCGCCCUCGCCGUCUGGGCUUAGCUCCUCGGGUGCCUUUGGAUCUGCGAGUUUUGGUGCGCUAGCCCAAUCUCCGGCGCCUUCUGGCUUUGGUGCGUUUGGGUCGGCAUCACUCGCGUCACCCUUCGGGUCAACAACACCCUUUGGUGCCGCACGUCGAUAGAGGAAAGCUGCGUAAGAGUGUAAAGCUAGGAGUGGUAGACGUUGAUUAUGUUAGUAUUCAGAACGCUGUUAAAGUGGAAGGAUUCACUGGUGUAAGCUCUUUGCAAUUAAAAAACACGACAUCACAGAUCC